AUGGCAUCCGAAGAUCAAAAGCUCCACUUUGUGUUAUUUCCAAUGAUGGCACAGGGUCACAUGAUCCCUAUGAUGGACAUUGCUAAAAUAUUAGCACAACAUCACAACAAUGUUAUCGUUACUAUACUAACAACUCCACAAAAUGCGUCUCGUUUCUCAUCAAUUUUUCAACGUUUUCUACAAUCUGGCCUACAGAUUCACUUAAUCCAACUCCGAUUUCCUUCCAAAGAGUCUGGAUUACCGGAAGGGUGUGAGAAUCUUGACAUGCUAUCUUCACUUGGUGCAGCAUCAAACUUCUUCAAUUCAUCAAGAUUUCUACAACAAGAAGCUGAGAAAAUAUUUGAAGAGUUAACACCGCAACCAAGUUGCAUAAUCUCUGAUAUGUGUUUACCAUAUACUAUCCACAUAGCUAGAAAAUUCAAUAUUCCAAGAAUUUCUUUUGUUGGAACAGGUUGCUUUUAUCUCUUGUCUCUGCAUAAUUUAUAUGUUAGUAAUAUGGUACAAACCAUGGCUAAUAACGAAUAUGAGUACUUUCAUUUGCCUGGUUUUUCUGAAAAAUUUGUAAUAAAUAUAGCACAAACAGGAGUAGGAUUAAAGGGUGAAGCUUGGGAGCAGUUUAAUAUUGAUAUGCUUGAAGCUGAAAUGGGUUCUUAUGGGAAAAUUGUGAACUCUUUUGAGGAGUUAGAGCCAACAUUUGCUAAGGAUUAUAAAAAGGUAAACAAUGACAAAGUUUGGUGUAUUGGUCCUGUAUCACUUAGUAACACUGAUAGUCUUGAUAAGGUUCAAAGAGGUCAUAAUAAUAUGAACGUUUCAGUUGAUGAAUGGAUUCAUCUCAAGUGGCUUGAUUCUCAGAAGCAAGAGAGUGUUGUUUAUGCAUCUCUUGGAAGUUUAUGCAAUUUAACUCUACCACAGUUGAUAGAGCUUGGUUUAGCAUUAGAAGCAACAAAAAGACCAUUUAUUUGGGUUAUAAGAGAAGGAAAUCAUUUAGAAGAAUUGGGAAAAUGGAUUGAGGAAAGUGGAUUUGAAGGAAGAAUGAAUGGUAGAGGGUUAGUAAUAAAGGGUUGGGCUCCUCAGUUGCUGAUAUUAUCACAUCCUGCAACUGGAGGAUUCCUAACACAUUGUGGUUGGAAUUCUACUAUAGAAGCAAUAUGUGCUGGUGUGCCAAUGGUUACAUGGCCACUUUUUGCCGAUCAAUUUUUGAAUGAAAUUUUAGUUGUACAAGUAUUAGAAGUUGGUGUGAAAAUUGGAGUGAAGAGUCCAAUGAGAUGGGGUGAGGAAGAGGAAACAAGUGUGUUGGUGAAGAAGGAAAAUAUUGAAAAAGGAAUAGAAAGGUUAAUGGAUGAGACAAAUGAAAGGGAAGAAAGAAGAAAAAGGAUUAGAAAACUUGGUGAGAUGGCUAAAAAGGCUGUAGAAAAAGGAGGAUCUUCUCACUCUAAUGUUUCUUUGUUCAUCCAAGAUAUCAUGCAAAAAAGUAAAGAAUUAGGAGAGAAAAUGCAUGAUUCUGAAAUAAAUCCAUAUGGUGUAAUAACAAACACUUUUGAGGAGUUGGAGAAAGAAUAUGUUAAAGAGAGUUGUUGA